AUGGGUUCCGAAGCCCCUUCUUCUCCCGAAUGGACCACCAAGGCGGUCCUCGAAACCCUCCCCCACCCUCCCGAGUCCAACUCGGCCUCGCCUGUGCCCUUCUUCCACCUGCUGGAACGGCUCAAGACCACCAAACGUGAAGGCUGGCGCCGGUUUGGGAUCUCCCACGGCGAGUCCAUCUCAGACCACAUGUACCGCAUGUCGAUCAUGACGAUGAUGGCCCCUCCCUCGCUAUCGGCCAAGCUCAACAUCCCGCACUGCACCAAGAUGGCGCUGAUCCACGACAUGGCGGAGUCGCUCGUCGGCGACAUCACCCCGGUCGACAAGGAUGUGACCAAGGCGGAGAAGGCGCGGCGCGAGGCGGCUGUCAUGGACUACAUCACAAAGGACCUGCUGGGCGGCGUCCCCGGGGGCCAGCUCUCGGGCCCGGAGAUUCUGCGCGUGUUCCAGGAGUACGAGGACAACGAGACGCUCGAGGCGAAAUUUGUGCACGACGUCGACAAGAUGGAGCUGCUGCUGCAGAUGGUCGAGUACGAGCGCACGCACGCCAUCGACCUGACCGAGUUCUGCCACGUUGCCCAGCGCAUCCAGCUGCCCGAGGUGCAGGAGUGGGCGGCCACCGUGAUGAAGGAGCGCGAAGCCGUGUGGAAGAGCAUUCGGGGAAAUUGA